GCAACGGGAACAUGGCGGAGCCGCCGCGGGGUGAGAUGGAGCAGCCACCCGCAGGUGGAGGAGCCCCUUCCCUUCCCUCAGGAGCACCUGCAGCAGAGCUGGACACAGGCACCAGGCCAGGGAACAAAGGACGACCCAGUUCUCACCAUGGAGAGCCAACCUUUGAGCUCCCCAGUGAUCAUGGCAACCAAAGCGGGGAAAAGGCAGCUGAGAAACAGGAGACAAGAAAAAGGAGGGGGAAAAAAGCAGGAGAAACAGAACUGCUCAUCUUGGAUCCAGAACAUCCUCUGAUGACAAGAUUCCAGGCUGCCCUGAAGAAUUACCUCACCAAGCAGAUAGAACAAGUGAACCUAGAGCUCCGUGAGCUGGUACACAGCCUCUCCUUUGCCUUCCCACACCCCUCCUCUCCAAGCUGCUGUGAGACAGCUCCUUCCCUCUUGUGUCUGCAGAGGACAGCAAUGAAAACCAGCAAAGAGCAGAGAGAAGAGCUCGGGGUGAUCCUUUAUGGGGCCCAGCAGCAGCUGGGGCAGCUGGAGGUGGAGCUGGAGAGGAGCCACGAGCGCUGUUCCCAGGCGGCCGCAGCGCGGCAGCAGCUGGAGGCAGAACUGCAGGGCCUCAGGGGUGCUCACAAGGAAAUAUGUCACAACACGGAUGAUGAGCGCAAGAAAGUUUCUGCAAUGCAGACCCAGAUUGAAAACCUGGCCUUGGAGCUCUUCUACGUGCAGAACAUGGACCAGGACAUGCAUCACAGGCUUUUGCUGAUGAAACAGUCAGCCAGGAGGGCUGAGGCAGAGAGGAUCCAGGCUGAGGUGGAAAAGAAAAAACAGGACCUUCUUCUGGACCAGUUAACAAGGAGAGUCCACCAGCUCCAGGAACAAAUUGCUCUGUUUGAAGCUCAGCUUGUGGCCCAGGCAGAGGACACAAAAGUGACCCGGCAGGCAGUCAGUGAGGCUGCUCUGGAGGUCCAGACUAUUAACAUGGAGAAAAAGAGGCUGAUGGACCACUGGAACAGCAGCUUGGCUGGAAUGAAGCAGAGGGACGAGGCCUAUGUUGUCACGCAGGAGCUGCUGAGCAACUACAGACGUGACCUCAAGUCCAUAGAAGGGGACAUCCAUGGCUGUGGGAAGUCCAUCAGGAAAGAGGAGGAGAAGAAUGAGAACCUUGUCAGCCUCCUGAACCGCUCCCAGAAUGAUGCCAGCGUGACAAGGAAACUGAUUGCUCAGUGCCUGCUGGAGCAGGAGGCCCUGCAGGUUCAGACUGGCACCUACACUCGUAUUCUCCAUGAGACAGAGCAGGCCCUCAGCAGGACCAAGAUGGACCAGGCUGCUCACCUGAAUGAGUUGCUGUCCAUCAGGAAGGGUAUAGAGAAGGGAACUUAUGACAAAGAGCAGCUAGAGAGUGAAAUCAUGGCAAAGCUUCAGGACCAGAUGAUAUCCAGCAAAGCUGCAAAGCACUUCUCCCAGCUGGCUGAAAAACUGCGGAGCAGAAAAAGCGACCUGGAGCUGCAUUUUUACAAGGUUGAGAAUGAUGUGGCCCAGAUUAUUCUGAAUGCAACUAAUACCAGCUGCAGGCUGACAGUUCACCAAAAAACACUCUGUGAGGUGGACAAGGAAAUAAAAAACAUGAAUGAACUGAUCACCUGCCAGGAAAAUGAGAUUGCAAAGUCCAGGCUCCAGGCUGACAAGAAGGGAGGGAUCAUCUGCCUGUACAACAAGAAGCUGGAGAUGCUUCUUGCUCAGCAGGGGGGGCAGGAACUGGGACCACUGGAAAUUGAGAUCAACCAGCUGAACAAGCAGCUGGAGGAAUGCAACUCGGAGGCGAUGGCGUUGCAGAAGUACUGGCUCAAUGAGCAGAAGGAGCUGGUCAGGCUGACACGGGAGCGGGAGGAACAAAUCACCUCUCUGGACACGCUGCAGAAGCAGAUCAUCAUCAUGCAGCAGAGGAAACUGCGCCUUGAAAAUGAAAUUCAGCAGGAAAUAAAAGAACAGAAGGAUGUGGAACGGCACAUGAAGAAUAUGUCAAAUGACCUGAUAAAGUUGAACAUGUUGAUCAACAAGAACAACAGCAGCGUUGAGGAGCUGAAAAAUGGCAAAAUUGUCACAGAGAACGAGUUUGUGCAGUCUCUCAAGGCAGCAGAAAGAGAAUCUGUGGAGAUGCAGGAGAGGCACAGCCAACUGACUGAAGAGAAGGAAAGGCUCCUGAACAGCCUGGUAGAAGCAGAGCAUCAGAUCCUGCUGUGGGAGAAGAAGAUGCAGCUGGCAAAAGAGAUGCGGGAAGCAACAGAUGCUCUGUUAGAACACGGCGAAAUCCAUGACAUGAAAACAGAGAUUCGGAGGAUGCAAGUGCGCCACGAGCAGCUGCAGAAGCAGCAGGAGAUGUUGAUUCGGGCGAUGGAGGCGUGUGUUUCUCAGAGAGAGACAAUAACGAAUCGGGCAGAGGCUCAGAGCAAAUUAGAUAAGAAACACAGCGCCAAGAGCGAUUUCCAAAGCAGGAAACAGGAGCUGAAGAAGAGGAUCAGGGAAACCCAGGAGAAUAUUUAUGAAUGCAACCAAACCAUGCAGGAACUGGAGGACAUCCAAGAGUCUCUCAGUGCCAGCUUUUCAGAAAAGAAGCAGGAAUUGUCCCAGCUCCAGGAUGAGACCAACAGCCUCAGCUUGGACAUGGAAACUCUUCAGAAUGAGAAACGAUGGAACCUGUUGGAACUUGUGGCCCACCAGGCGCACCAGAAGCAGCUGCAGGCACUGAGGCAAGGGAAGUACAAGGCCCUGUGCCACACUGAAGAGGCCUGCAUGAACCAGCAGGAGAAACUGCAGGAUCGACUGCAGACCAUUAACAGCAUCGUGCAGGAGAUCUGUGAGGAACAGCCCCAGCACCAAAGGGCUCUGCAGUGGCUCAGUCACCGCUUGCGAUCCAAGCUCAGGUUGGGGAAAGCCUGACAGAAACACGGAAAAUACACAGAUCUGUUUCAUAUUCUUCCACAGGCUC